CUAUCUUUCCUUCCUUCCUUCCUUCCUUUUCUCUCUCAUACUCACAACAACGCCUCUCAUCCGUGUAUGGUGUUUGCGUCCUCUCUCUUUCCCUCUUUGUAUCUCUCUCGUCGCAUCAUCUACAGAAAUAUAUAUAUAUAUAUCUUCCUUCGUCGGCUAUAUCCGAGUUGGUUGAAGAACAAGGUCGAGAUAUGGCUUCCUCCGAAGAGCGAAGGGAUGAGCCAGCGAAGGAAAUGAUCUACAAGACGAAGCUGAUACAGUUCUUGGGCCGCUCCACUCCCAUCAUCCUUCAGAACGACAAUGGACCCUGCCCUCUCCUCGCUAUCUGUAAUGUGCUUUUGUUAAAGAACAACUUGAAUUUAGGUCCAGACAUUCCAGAAGUCUCGCAGGAGAAAUUGCUCUCACUUGUAGCGGAGCGGUUAAUUGAUUCAAACAGUAAUGUCAAUAACAAAGAUGCAGGGUAUGUUGAAAAUCAACAGCAGAACAUCGCCGAUGCAAUUGAUUUGCUUCCCCGACUUGCAACUGGAAUUGAUGUAAAUACAAAAUUUAGGAGAUUUGAUGAUUUUGAGUUUACUCCUGAGUGUGCAAUAUUUGAUCUUCUGGACAUUCCUCUAUAUCAUGGUUGGAUAGUUGAUCCCCAGGAUUAUGACACCAUGAAUGCAAUUGGAUCGAAGUCCUAUAAUACUCUCAUGGGGGAGCUUGUUGCCCUUGAAACAAGAAAUAUGGAGAAUGAACAAAAGAAUUCUGAAGACAAUUCCAUUGAUUUUGCUGCAGCAACAACUGCUGCUCUUGGAGUUCCUUCGCCUUGCCGUAGAUCUUUUGAUGAUUCUCUGAAUGCUAUUUCUGGUGACAAUAAACUAAGAAAAGGAGAUGCGGAGGAAGAAGCAGAGCUGUUGAGAGUUUUGAACCUGUCAAAGGCUGAUUUGCUUACUUCAGAAAAUGAUCCACCUGCAGCUGAAACCCUUGGGAAAAAUACAUAUCCCAAUUCAGAAGAAGGUGCACAUCUUAUGAAAUCUGAAGCUCUAGUCCUUGUAGAAACAUUAGAAGGGUGUCGUGAUGGUGAAAGUCAGAAGUCAUAUCUGCUGGAAUCAUCCUUAACCCACCAUUCUGAUGCCCGAAGCAAUCCCAGUAAUGAGGAUGAGGUGAUAAUUCGUGAAGUGGUCCCAAUGGAACCUGUCUUUUCAAAAACUGAUCAAAUAAACCAUAACAAUCAAUGUUCUUAUGAAGAAACUGGAAAAUGCAUUGAGUCCAAAGGUGUAGAUGAGGAAAGCAGUGUUGAUGUAUCAGUCCAAAAUGAGAAUGCACCCUCUGAUAGUUCCAAGCUAGAUUCUACCUCUGUCCAUAUGCAUGAAUCUAGUGGUAAUGAAUUUCAGAAGCAAUCCACUUCCACAUCUGACAUUCAUGGCCUAGAAGAUAAUAAAUGCAGUUAUGACCCUGCGGAAUUGUCGAAUUUAUCUCCAUUGCAUGCUGAUUCUGAUUCACACAGCAGCAGAAAGCAACAUACAGAUAUUCCUGAUGUUCCAGAUGCUUUUACUUCAAGUGCCAAUGGCAGUGAACCCAUUUAUGAAGGAGAAGAAUGCAUAUUGGAAUCAGGAGUAAAAGUUUAUGAAGAUCGAGAACCGAUGUAUGAGGGCGAGGUGGUUCUUGCUGGAAAAGUGGAUGGAUGUACUGGAGAUACCUAUGAUGCAAAUGCCAAGGAUGAAGUUUCUCCAAGACAGGGGGAACUGAUCAGGAGUUUUUUGAAGAACAAUGCUAGUCAGCUGACAAUAUAUGGCUUAUUUUGCUUACAAGAUGGACUAAAAGAGCGUGAACUUUGUGUCUUUUUCCGUAAUAAUCACUUCAACACCAUGUUUAAGUAUGAUGGUGAAUUGUAUAUUUUGGCUACAGACCAGGGUUACAUAAAUCAACCUGAUUUGGUGUGGGAAAAGCUAAACGAGGUCAAUGGAAAUACCGUUUUCAUGACUGGAAGCUUUAAGCAAUUUAAGGUAGAGAAUCAAACCAGCAACACAUGGGAUGAACAAAAUGCAAUGGCCAGUACUGCUGACUAUCUUGCCAAUAUUGACAACUCAGCAAAUGUGAAUUCAAGUUUCAAUUCUGACCUGCAAUUGGCAAUAGCUCUUCAGCAACAGGAGUUUGAACAGCAGCCACAACGUAAUGUGCAGCAACCAACUGUUAGCACCAGCAGUUCAAGGCUGGUAACAGGACCUCAGGUGCCAAGGAACAAUGGGAAGAUGCCAUCACUAUCUUCGAAGCAGGAUGCAAAAUCAUCAAAAGAGAAGUGUACCGUGAUGUAAACGUGUUUUGUAUGUGGAAGUUUGUACUGUGUAAGGCAGUGGAAUUGCGUUCUAUGGAAUGACAUUGCAGCGGACUUAGAUAGGAUUGUAAAUCAGGUAGAACGACGACUUGGGCGGUGGUGCCAGAAACGGAAGAAUAGUUUUGGCUAAUGUGGCAAUGCUAAUGGGUAAAACGAGACGAGAAUAUGCUAUAGUUGCCAAUGAGUGACGUUUGAGAAGCAUCAGGUGUCGCUUCCGUUUCUUUUUUCUUUUUUGGUUUUAUAGAAAAACAUAUUGUAUAUUAGGACUUUGAAAAUUUGUUUUUCAUUUUUUUUGGUAAUAAUAUGGGACGAUUUUUGUUUA